GGAUGUUAAAUUAGAAAGCGACAUUAAUGGCUUUUUCAGAGAAAGAAUGGAGCAAGGUUAUAUCUUAACUGAUGGAGAGAAAUUAAGGAAACCUAAUUUUGACUACCAAAUAAUUAAUAGUUAUAAUCCAGUGGCUGAAGAAAAAAUAGAAAUUGAAACCCCUGGAGAAGAUAAACAAGUUGCCCAAGGAGACUCCGAUCCUAAUAAUCAAGUAACCAAAGGAGGAGCAUUUGAUACCUUUUUAGAGUUUGAAAGUCAAGAAGCCUUUAAUCAGUUUCGGCAAAACUUACAAGAUGGAGGAAAUAGAACUAUAAUUAGAAUGAAAUUAAAUAAUAAUUCCCCUGAAACUACGGAAACUUUAAGAGGAAUGGAUAAAAGAACAGAGACUAGAAUUGGAGAAACUAAAAAAACCACUAGCCAAGAAAUUGAUCAAGCUGAAUUAGAAACUCAAGAGAACGAGAAUGAAAUAAUUGAAGAGCAAGAGUUAGAUCUUAACGAGAUUGAACAAGAAAAACCCGAACAAGGCAUUGGAGAAAGAAGCCAAGAAAAAGAGCAUGAAAACGAGCAAGAGGACCUGAUUGAGAAAGAAAAAGAGAAAGAGCAGGAAACUGAGCCAGAAAGAGAAACUGAACGGGAAACUGAACAAGAGCGAGAGCAAGAACGAGAAAAAGAAAGAGAAGCCGAACGAGAACGACAAGAACAGGAAAGAUUAGAGCGUGAAAAGCAGGAACAGGAAAACCAAGAAAGAGAGAAUGAAAAUGAAGAGGAGAUUGAAGGUUGCAAAGCUUGCGAUGCUCCUGAGGCUUUAAAAGAAACUAAAAAAGAAUUAGCCAAGUGUGAAGACUGGGAAAUAAAGAAAAAAGCUGAAUUAGAAGCCUAUUUAAAAGAAGUAGAGAAUACUCUUAAGACGCAGGAAAAAUGUCCUCCUGUCACUUUGCAUAGUUAUAAUCCAAUAGCCGAGAAUGCUUGGGGAAGCAUUCAUUUUUCUACUACUUGUUCUAGCUUUAAGGAGGUUGUUUUAAAAAGUUUAAAUAAUUCUCAAGAAAUGAUUGCUGAUUUUUUGCAGGAAAUUGCUAGUUAUAAGUUGCUUAGCAAUAUUGUCGAACAGAAGAGUAAGGCUAGUGAGGGUCUAGAAAAUUACCAACAGAUUGUUCAAUGUCAUGGCAUUUCUCAAGACCCAGCAACAGGCAAUUAUUUUAUGGUCAUGGAUUAUAUUCCCAAUGGAGGAUUUAAUCAAAGCACCAGUUAUCCUGUUUAUCAAAUUCAUCCUUCUGCAAUUUACACUAGUAGUUUAUUGGAUACGGAAAGAUUAAGGAGUCUUCUUCGAACCCGAUAUUCCCAAAAAGUUAAUAAUGAAUAUGGUGGCUCUAAAAAUGUGGAAUUAGAUCUCAACCUUUUAGAAUUUGAUGGUAACGACCAAACUUCAACUAAUGAAUAUACUGAGCUAACAACAAACUUUAAAAGACAAUUAUCUCUUGAAUCACAAACCAAAACCAAUCAAGGAGAAACUAAACAGCCUAAACUAACUGAAAUACUGGAAUGCUGCUCAGAACCAAUGCCAAUAAACAACAAUCAAAGCGCAGACUGA